UUGGCAAACAAGGAUACCAGUGUCAAGUGUGCAGCUUUGUGGUCCACAAAAGAUGCCACGAGUACGUGACGUUCACCUGCCCUGGCGCAGACAAGGGCGCGGAUUCCGACGAUACACGCACGAAGCACAACUUCCGCAGCUGCACAUACUCGUCCCCGACGUUCUGCGACCACUGUGGCUCUCUUCUGUACGGCCUCAUCCACCAGGGCCUCAAGUGUCAAGCAUGCGACAUGAACGUCCACAAACGUUGCGAGGAGUCGGUGCCGAACUUGUGCGGUUGCGACCACACGGAGCGGCGCGGACGCAUCCAGCUCACUGUGUCUUUCCAGGGGAACAAGCUCACUGUUGUGGUCAUUCAAGGCCGCAACUUGAUCCCAAUGGAUCCCAAUGGUCUGUCGGAUCCCUACGUCAAGAUGAAGCUCAUUCCGGAUUCGGAUAAUGUGAAGAAAAAAACUAAAACCAUGAGGAGCACUCUCAACCCUGUGUGGAAUGAGACCCUGACUUUUGACCUCAAGCCUGAAGAUAAGGACAGGAGGCUGCUGAUUGAGAUAUGGGAUUGGGAUCGUACUUCCCGCAACGAUUUCAUGGGAUCUCUGUCCUUCGGGAUCUCCGAGCUGAUGAAGGCGCCAGCUGACGGCUGGUUCAAGCUGCUGACUCAGGAAGAAGGUGAAUUCUACAACGUGCCAGUACCUGAGGAAGGCACUGACCUCGCUCAGUUGAAGAACCAGAUGAGAGCGACUAGUGUUGGAGCUCGUAGACCUCCUCCUCCUCCUGAUAGAGAGGUCCCGCAUAACAUGGCCGCCGCUGACGUCAUCAGGGCUUCUGAUUUCAACUUCAUCAUGGUCCUUGGUAAAGGAUCCUUCGGCAAGGUAAUGCUAGCCGAACGCCGCGGCACAGACGAGCUGUAUGCCAUCAAGAUCUUGAAGAAGGACAUCAUCAUCCAGGAUGAUGACGUGGAGUGCACCAUGGUGGAGAAGAGAGUGCUGGCGCUCAGCAGCAAGCCACCAUUCCUGGUGCAACUGCACUCCUGCUUCCAAACUAUGGAUCGUCUGUACUUCGUGAUGGAGUACGUCAACGGUGGCGACUUGAUGUUCCAGAUUCAACAGUGCGGGAAAUUCAAAGAGCCUGUUGCCGUGUUCUACGCCUCAGAAAUCGCGAUCGGUCUAUUCUUCCUUCAUUCCCGCGGCAUCGUGUACCGUGACCUCAAACUGGACAACGUACUCCUCGACCAGGAUGGCCAUAUUAAAAUCGCUGACUUCGGCAUGUGCAAGGAAGGGAUAACCGGCGACAAAACUACCAAGACCUUCUGCGGUACCCCAGAUUAUAUCGCACCGGAGAUCAUUUUAUACCAGCCGUAUGGAAAGUCCGUUGAUUGGUGGGCCUAUGGUGUACUGUUGUAUGAGAUGCUGGUGGGACAGCCGCCGUUUGAUGGAGAAGAUGAGGAGGAACUGUUCGCUGCUAUUACUGAUAAUAGCGUGUCUUACCCCAAGACGCUGAGUAAGGAAGCCAAAGACGCAUGCAAGGCGUUCCUCACAAAGAACCCGCAGAAGCGCCUGGGCUGCAAUGCUCGCGGUGAGGAGGACGUGCGCACCCAUCCGUUCUUCCGCCGCAUCGACUGGGCGCGCAUUGAGGCCCGCGACGUACAGCCACCGUUUAAGCCUAAGAUUAAACAUCGCAAGGACGUGUCGAACUUCGACAAGCAGUUCACACAGGAGAAGACGGAGCUGACGCCGACGGACAAACUAUUCAUGAUGAACCUCGACCAGACCGAGUUCAUGGGUUUCUCUUUCCUCAACCCGGAGUUUGUGCAGCACGUCUGAGCUACCACGGGUUGAAAUCUUUCCUCAUUAUUGGACUGGCUGUGUGGCGGGGCGCAGACCCUGGUACGAGUCAGCAUUUCACUCCAUCUGUCGACUGUCUCUGUCACUCAUACGGCGCGAGUCGUUCGCUGUCUCACUCUCGACUGUACAUUAAGUUCUGACGAUUAGCUAUCAUUGUAUGAUUCUUGAGGGAAUGCCACUCUAAGGCUCUUCGAAAUGACGAUUAGAUAGGAGGUAUUUGCUCAUUCCCGUUAACUACUCUUGUUUUAGGUCGAUGAUAUUCUACAUCCAAUACGACAUGACUUACGUUUCGUUUUAAUUUUAUAAUUCUUACACUUUGGUUAAACGGGGUUGUUUUAAAAAUAUCGUAAUUAUAGGCCAACGUAUUUGGGGUUGCACACAUUUAACAUGCGACGCCAAGCUAUUGGAUUCGAAUACGUUGUGUGGGACUGUGGGGUAAAAAU